AUGGGGCGGCCAGGCCCCCGCAACCUGAGCUGCGUCUCCUACAAGCACCCGAGCGUGCGGGGCGGGCUGGGGGGCGCGGGGGGGGGCGGCGGCCGGGGCCGUGCGCUGCCCCCCCGGGCAGUGCUGCAUCGGCAUCUGGAACCGCAGCCACGCGCUGGUGCAGGCCCCGCGGGACCCCCCGGAGGUGCCGUCCUCGUGUGCCUGUGCCACGGCCACCUCUGCAACGGGAACACCACGGUGACAGGGACGGGCACGGGCGUGGGGCUGGGGGGGCCCCACCAGGGCCCAGUGCCCGGCCGGGGGGGGUCCACGGGGACCCUGUGGCUGUGGGGGGCCGGCCCCCUCCUCCUCAUCCUCCUCACCUGCCUGGGCAUCCUCGGGCUGCGACGGACAAGGGCCCACACGGGGCAGCCACCCCGGGGGGGGCGGAGAAUCGGGGUCCCCCCGGAGCCCCCCAGCCCCGACCUGCCUGCGCUGCACUUCCUGCAGGUGCUGCAGUCGGGGCGGUUCUCGGCGGUCUGGAGGGGGACCCUUCGCCAGCGGCCCGUGGCCAUCAAGGCGUUCGCGGCGGGGGCUCGCGGGCGCUUCGCGGCCGAACGGGCCGUGCACGCCCUGCCCCUGAUGGAGCACGAGAACGUGGCCCGGCUGCUGGGCACGAGGGGCGCCGGGCCCCGCGCCCGCGGGGGGCUGCUCGUCCUGCAGCUUUACCCGGCCGGGUCCCUGCGUGACUUCCUGGGGCAGCACGUGGGCACGUGGGCGGGCAGCGUGCGCCUGGCGCUGUCCCUGGCCCGUGGCUUGGCCUUCCUGCACCAGGAGCUCUGGCGUGACGGGCUGUACAAGCCCAGCGUGGUGCACCGGGACCUGAGCAGCCAGAACGUGCUGGUGCGGGAGGACGGGACCUGCGCCAUCGGGGACUUCGGGCUGGCGCUGGCGCUGCCACCGCGCGCCCAGGACGGCACCGGGGCACAGCACAACGUGGCCAUCCACAAG